AUGUUCAAGAAGAGUAAUAAUGCGUGCCGUCCCAACCACCACGGACACAGAGGGCAGGAUGGAGGUGGUGGUGGUGGGUUUCGGUCCGAGCAGGACUACCACAGCGCCUGCACCAUCAGGCUGGUCCGCAGCACCUCCAUGCUGGUGGUGGGAGAGAACACUGGUGCAGCCGCCGGGGCCUCCACUUUAAAACGCAGCAAAAGCACGGUGAGCAUCAGCGAGUCCACCGUGUACUACUACCAGAGACAAGAGGACCGCAUAUGGCUGUACUCUCAGAACCAGAACUGCCUGGAGUACCUGGAAGCGCUCGUGGCUCUGAGGCGACAGUACACCAAGAGCGUGAUCGACUUGAAGAAUAGCCACGCCAAGGCCUCGGCAUCCUCCAAGAAGAAGCCUGCGCCGCCGCCGCCGCCGCGUGCAAAGGAGGAGCCGCCGGCAUCCAGAACCAAAGCGCCCGCACCCCCGGGCCCCUGCAGCGAGGAGGACACGUUGCGGUUCUUUGAUGAGGUCAUCGCCGGCUGCGACAGCGAGCCUCCGCGCAAACCGUAUCUGGACGACGGGCACGCAGACGUGGACUUUAUAGUGGCUUCCAGCUCGGCCGAACACGACCUCCACUCCAACUGGGUCCUGCGGGUUCCCCGGGCCGCGGGCGGCUCCGAGCAGAAGGCAGUUUGUGAGCGUGCCAACGAACGCACCGCGAAGACGAAGAAGAAGAAGAAGAGCCUGAGCGGCUCCACCAGCAGCCGACUGCGGCUGCAGAGGAACCCGAUCCACCUGCCCAAAGUGGUGGAGAGCGCCUUCCAGACGCUGCGCUUCAAGCCCAAAUUAAAAAAAAGCGGCGAAGCUUGAAAAGACAUUUGAAACCACCGCCACUCCGUCGAAGUAGAGCUCCGCCUUCUUUGGACCG